AUGGACGGCAAGCCCUAUCAAUGUCAGCGAUGCUCCAGAUCAUUUGCUCGUCUGGAGCAUCUCCAACGCCAUGAUCGGUCCCAUACCAAGGAAAAACCCUAUGCCUGUGCACAAUGCCCUAAGGCCUUCACUCGAAAAGACUUGCUCGCACGCCAUGACAGACUCGCCCAUCAACCGGGGGCGAGCCCCGCGAGCCAUCAAACAAUAUCGCCGUCUCCGGCUCGGUCAAAUUUAGAUGGCCUAGAUGCUCUAGCAUCAGUUGUGACAGAUCAUGCACAUUCCAAUCGUUCAAUGUCAGGGCGAAGCGACCAGUAUCCGGAUUCCAUGUCCGUAGACCGAAGUUCAAUGAUUGGCCCUCAGUUAUCCAAUUCGCAACAAUCCCCAACAAAGCAAACUGGCGCCCCGCCUCUGCAGGGAUCCGAAUUUGGAUACCCGAUGGGCGGUUUUUCAGCGGGGGCUUACGAAGAUAAUGACUUUACUUCUUUCCUAGACAGUGUUCCCCUGCCUAGCCAUCCGUUCUCGCCGGCGUUCCAGCCGCUUCCCUUGUUUCCACCCUUGCAAUAUUCCCCCGUCGCGGAGUUUGAACAGACCUCCGAUAGGGGCCCACCUACAGAGCCAGCUUCCACGCCACGAAGCUCGGUACUACCGCGUCAUGAUGCACAGCUACCAUCUCUUCAGCCCGAGGGGUAUCAGUCCCCGGCCAACAAGGCACGACAACCCACAGGGUUCCUGCCUGUGACAGCACAGUGUCGAGAGAAGAUUCUUUACCGGUUAGCGGACUAUUCCAAUGUGGUCCCCGAUCCAUCCCUUCCCUCUCGCCAUGCCUUAUCUCGAUGUUUGACCGGUUACCUAAUGGGAUACCACGAUCACUAUCCAAUUGUGCACAAGCCAACUCUCGAUAUCGAGUCUAUGCCUGUCACCCUGUUUCUAUCCAUGGCUGCGCUAGGCGCACGCUAUUGUCGUGAACCAGAUACCAGUAUGCGCCUGUAUCAAAUAGCUAAACCAGUCACUCUGGAGCACGUCCGACGGACGUUCCAGUCAGGCAAGCUACCGGAACCAGAUGCGAACAGUGUUGAUAUGCUUGAAACAAUCCAGUCUCUGCUGUUCUUAAUAUCUGUUUCAUCCUGGUUCCUAAAUGACCCACCAUACUACGAGGCAUUGUCCAUUCGAAGCACAAUGGGCGCCCUGGUGCGGAAAGGGGGCCUCAACCGGCUUCCCGAACAGGAUGGAACCUGGGCAAGCUGGAUUUUCCGCGAGCAAGUCAAGCGUAUAAAGCUUAUUGUCUUCUGCUUUUUCAAUAUUCACACUAUUGUCUUCGAUAUUCCUCCGGUCAUCCUCACGGAAGAGAUGUUUCUGGACCUGCCAUGUACAGAGAGGGAAUGGCAGGCAUCUAGCCCCGAGCUCUGGCAAUUAGCCCGCAGUCAAAGUCCCGGAGAACCCAAGUUUCAGGAUGCAUUAGCCGCGCUAUUCAACCCUCACAGCGAUAUGGAACGCUUCUCGUCUCUUGGUGGAUAUGUGCUUAUCCAUGCAUUGCUGCAAGACAUAUGGCUGAUGACUAAAACGAGCCGCCUGUGUGUUUCGCGUUUUAACAACCGUCUCAACUCAGCCAUCGCACCAACAUCGGCACUAAUUGUAUUUGAGCAAGCUCUUGAACGAUGGUGUCAGUUCUGGGAACGCAAUCAGGAGUCAUCAAUCGAUCCACUCAGUCCUCAUGGACCUCUAUCAUUCACGUCAGCAGCAUUACUACGGCUAGCAUACAUUCGACUAAGUGCCGAUUGUGGAUCCACCCGGCAACUUCAAUCCUGGGACUCCGUUCAAAUAGCCAGGAGCUUGAAAGAAAAUCUCGCCGUGCAGCGUGGCGACCGCCUCACACGGGCAGCAUUGCAUUGUGCUCACGCACUCAGCACGCCAGUCAAACUAGGCAUCGGAUACGUGGCCCACUCCCAGGUCGCACUGUGGUCAAACCAGCACGCCCUAUGCUCGCUUGAAUGUGCUGUCGUACUUGCCAAGUGGCUUGAAGCAGUAACGGGACCGGAUCCUGACCCCGUUCUGACGGAACAGGAGAUCCGCUUACGGGACUUUGUGCUCGAAAUGGUUAUGGAGGUGCAGCAUGGUGUUUCCCGUGAGUGGCUCUUGGCCACUAAUACCAGGCUUAGUGCGGCAGUGACCCGCCUUUGGGCGCGCCUUUUCACGGCGGAUUAUAUCUGGGAAAUGGUUAAUUUGAUUGGGAGGUCACUAAACAGUUAUGCGGAUUUAUUGGAAGGGACAUGA